UCAAAUAUGAGAUUCGUAAAUGACUCGUUCAAAUAAUAACAAAAACAGUCAUUGUCCAAAAAUUAGGCUUUCAAUAUAAAAAGGGAUUGAUCGAGGAGAUUUAAAAAUUAGUUUCAAGCAUCGCUGAGCACAAAAACACCAAAAAUGCGAUUCCUAAUUAUCGUUGCCCUUGUGGCCUUUUUGGCGUUUGGCCUUGUGGCUGCCCGACUAGCUGAGAAUGAGGAGUCCUCCGUCCAGGAGAACACCGAUGAGGAUUCGUCCAGCAAUGAUGGUGUGGGAAACUCCAGUGCUGCUGAGGAAGGACCUGCUGUUGAAGAAAGUCAGGAUUCUGGAAAUGAGGCUACCAAGGAUGAGGAGUAUAGUGAGGAGGAGGAUUCAGACUAUGAAUCAAACGGAGAUGAUAACAAUGAGAAAGAUGACAACGAGUCGGAUGAUAAUACCGAAUCGGAUAAUAACAACGUUUCAGAAGGCGAUCAGGAUCGUCUAUUCGGUCCUAUUCUCAUCCAAGCAAGACCCCUUUUCCUUAAAUAAUAACAAGUCUUC